AUGAAAACCAUUAUUCUGUGGUUGUUCUUAUUUUCCUUCCUAAGAACCUCAAAUACACUAGACUCUAUCACUCCAACUCAAUUUAUUAAAGAUGGUCAAACUCUGGUUUCAGCAGGUGGAGGCUAUGAACUGGGAUUCUUUAGUCCCGGUGAAGUGAAGGGCAGAUACUUGGGAAUAUGGUACACCUUUUCUACUGAGACAGUGGUAUGGGUAGCCAACAGAGAAGUACCACUUGAUGAUUCUUCAGGAGUUUUAAAGGUCACUGAUCAGGGAGGUUUAGUCCUUCUCAAUAGCUCAAAUGGCACUGUAUGGUCCUCCAACUUAUCGAGAACUGCAGGGAAUCCAGUCUCGCAACUCUUGGAUUCGGGAAAUCUUGUUGUGAAAGAUGGAAAAGAAACGAAUCCUAGUAACUUCUUGUGGCAGAGUUUUGAUUAUCCUUGUGAUACACACCUGCCAGAAAUGAAGCUUGGUUGGAAUUUAGUUACUGGUUUAGAUAGGUAUGUCUCGUCUUGGAGGAGCACAGAAGAUCCUGCUCGAGGAGACUUUUCACUACGGAUGGAUACUCAUGGUUUCCCACAGAUUUUUAUUAUGAAGGGAGCUAAGAUACAGACUAGAGCAGGGACAUGGAACGGCGCUGGAUUAACUGGAUAUCAAGGAAAGCCAAAUCCAGUAGCAAAUUUUGAAUUUGUGUUGACUAAGAAUGAAGUCUAUUAUGAGUACACACUCAUCAACAGGUCAAUGUUUGCAAGAUAUGUGUUGAACCCGUAUGGCCUUGCACAGUGGUUCACCUGGACAGAUUACUCACACAGUUGGGAACCUUUCGUGUCAUCCCAAGCAGAUCAGUGUGAUAAUUAUGCCUUUUGUGGUGCUAAUGCUAGAUGUAAUGUCAGUAAUACUCCUGUAUGUGCAUGCUUGAAAGGGUUUGUACCAAAAUCUCCGAAAGAUUGGAACUCAACAAAUUGGUCUGAGGGAUGUGUUCGGAAGACUCCAUUAGCUUGCAGCUCUGCAGAUGGCUUCUCAAAGUACAGUAACUUUAAACUGCCAGACACAUCUUCUUCCUGGUAUGACAAGAGCAUGGGCCUUGAGGAAUGCCAGGGAUUAUGUUUGCGAAACUGUUCAUGUACUGCAUGUGCAAAUUUAGAUGUCAGGGAAGGUGGAAGUGGCUGCUUGCUUUGGUUUGGGAACCUCAACGACAUUAGAGAAUUCACCUCUGAUUAUCAAGACCUCUAUAUACGGCUGGCUGCUUCAGACCUAGAUCCUAUUGUGAAAAAGAGCAAGUCCAGCAAGAAAAAGCUAGCAGGAAUCCUGAUCGGCUCAUCUGUACUUCUUGUGGGAAUGCUAAUAGUUGGGUUUGUUUUGUAUAAACGGAAGAGGAAACUCAGAAAGCAAGAAGCCCGAAGAAAGCUGGAUUCCAGAAACGGGGAUUACCGUGGAGAAGACGGGGAAGACUUGGAGUUACCAUUAUUUGACUUGACCACUAUUGCUAAUGCCACUAAUGACUUUUCAAGCAGCAACAAGCUGGGUGAAGGUGGUUUUGGGCCUGUGUACAAGGGAACUUUGGUUGGAGGAGAGGAAAUUGCAGUAAAGAGGCUCUCAAAGAACUCUGGACAGGGAUUGAGAGAGUUUAAAAACGAAGUUCUACUGAUAGCCAAACUUCAGCAUAGGAAUCUUGUAAAGCUUCUUGGUUGUUGCAUUCAAGAAGAUGAAGAAAUUUUAGUAUAUGAAUUCAUGCCUAACAGAAGCUUGGACUUCUUUAUCUUUGAUCAAGAAAGACAGAAGUUUCUCGACUGGCCCACGUGCUUCCACAUUAUUGACGGAAUUGCUCGAGGGCUUCUUUAUCUCCAUCAAGACUCUAGAUUAAGAAUUAUCCAUAGGGAUAUGAAGGCUAGCAAUAUCUUGCUAGACAAUGAUAUGAACCCAAAGAUUUCGGACUUCGGCCUGGCUAAAACAUUUGGGGGUGAUCAAAGUGAAGACAGUACAAAUAGAGUAGUUGGAACACAUGGUUAUAUGGCUCCUGAAUAUGCAGUAGAUGGAACUUUCUCAAUGAAAUCUGAUGUAUUUAGCUUUGGAGUUAUCAUGCUAGAGAUAUUGAGCAGGAAGAAGAACAGGGGAUUUUGUCAUCCAGAUCACCGUCUCAACCUUCUUGGACAUGCAUGGACACUAUGGAAUCAAAAUAAUCCUCUGGAAAUGGUUGAUGUGACGUUAUGUGAUUCUUGCAACAUAACCGAAGUGUUAAGGUGUCUUCAUGUGGGCCUGUUAUGUGUGCAACACGUACCUGAAGAUAGACCAAGCAUGUCAUCUGUGGUUCUAAUGUUGGGCAGUGAAGUUAAAUUGCCUUCACCAAAGCAACCUGGUUUUUACACUGGACGGACUGUGACAGUCCCCGAAUCAACAUCAUCAACGACCGACUUAUUUUCAACAAAUAUUUGCAGCACAAUGUUUCUAGAGGGUCGCUAGAACAUCAAAGUUCAUCUGCUUAUUACCAGAACAAUAUGAAAUCAUUCAUAUUUAAGCAAAAAACGCACACCAAUAUGAUUUCAUGUUGCGGAACAAUAUGUGUUUGUUAGUUUGUUAGCUUAGGCUUAUCCGAGUAACGUGUGAAUAGUGGACAAUGCUAGAUUUAAUCUAAUUAGGUGAUAAUUUUGUGUUUAUUGAGUUGAUAUUGCAGCACUAUUAAUAUGCAUCUAUAUGUUGAUCAUUUAUUAUUUCAUAUAUCUUGGUCAACUUUUGGGUUCGAAUCUGAUCAGCGGUUUCUUAA